AUGAGCUCGUCUGUCGAUAAUCCGUCAGAUGCACACCCUCUCUACGCCGUUGACACAAGUAGAGCAAAGGAUGGGGUGUGGCUAGUUAAAGUCCCAAAUUAUUUGGCCGAUCUGUGGUUAAAUUCGAGUUCCGAUGGGCCAGUCGGCAAAGUUGUAAUUUCUACGGCGCCUGGCGUUGUAGGAAAGGGCGACCAGAAGCCCGAAUCCCAAGUACGACUAGUUACCGAUGAUGCCCUUACGGUCGAAGCCGGUGAAGUCAGCAACCUUAUACCAAAAGUAUGUGCGUGAUAUAACUUCCUUUUGUUGCCCUAAAGUGGCAGUUUUAAGAUUCUGGGUGCACUUUAGAUAAGUUUGCGUAUGCAGUUUCACUUGACACAUUGUAUUGCGAUCCAUGUGGCCCAGACGCACUGUCUGUCAGUAGCAAAGCUUGUUUGACCAUUUACAUUCGUAUAUGUGUGGACUUCCUUAUUGUUGCGAGCAUCAAGUCCCUUUCUCCAAAGGCAUGCAUGGGCAGGAACUAGACGGGGCCACUAAGAAGUCCACAGAAAAAAACCUGAGUGUGGAGCCGUAAUCAAAAAAACUGAUCUGUAGGGUACUACAUUGGCAAUGGCGCCUGUCGUACAGUGUAGAUAUCGUGAACAACGUUAGACGAAAGUGACAGCUGAGCGAACCUAGUGGAGCAGACCUAAACACAAACCGAUACAAUAAUCAAUUUAGUACGUCCAGGCUUAUGUAGAGAGAAUUCAAAUACCGAAAUGUUUCUUGGUCAAGGGUCGAGCACCAUGUUAGCUUCCAAAUAAGACCUAGGAAAACAAAAAGAGUACUUGCCGCAGUAAAGGUGUCCUCUUUUUGGAUUCGGAUUUCGGUGUGAAGGUUGUUCUCUUACCGAUUGGUAGCCCUCAAUCUCGUCUUUCUGGAAAUCCGAAAUCAAUCAAUAUGCUGACUACGUGUUAGCCGUUACUGUUGACCACCUGACGCACGCUGAUGCGCAUACUGGGAUCUUCAUACGGAAAUAACGCGCCUGCGUCGGGUGAACAAUUUAUCCCGAACUUCCAACGGAUCAGGAGCCCAGAUGGUUAUUGUGCCGUGUGACUUCAGGAAGAAACACGUUUACGUCACGUAACAACAUACGACCUCCUUCCCACAGAAUAAGCAAAGCCUCAUUGAACGAACCCCGACAGUUCAGUGCGGACGUCUCCUGACGUGCCGGGUCAUAAUUUACAUGACACUCUGCCAGGCACUCUUAUCAUGGAGUAUGCUGGUCUGCAGGGAAAUGCGGUAACUCAGCAACCAGGUCAAAGCUUCACUCGUGCACUGUGAACCAGUGUCACCAAAGGACUAGUUGUUCUUUUUGACAUCCUUAUCAAUAUCGCAGUUACUGAGGCAUACGCCCUACUUUUGGACGCUGGUUAUAUGUACUAUAGGGUUUUGUGUGACGAGUUCCAUACAGUAGUCAGGUGUGCGCCCAUUUUUCUUCGAAUUUGUCAUUUUUUAGUUUUUUAAGUGCAGGUAUAGAGAAUGGCGACGUUUACAUGAUGCGAGUCCUCCGACAACGUGGCAUAAUAAACCCUUAUUAAUUGCGCUGCGGUUAACCCUGUGGUCGUCAAAAACACUCCACUUCCCUAGGAGACCUAACCAUCUGACGUUCCUGCUGAUCACACUGAAUCAAUUCAACUAAACCCUAGCCUGAGCAUGCUUCACCGAGUUGGCGCUGUAUCCGCGCGCUUUCGGGAAGUGUAAUUGUGAUCGUGCUGCUGUGACCAUGUGCAGUUGAACCAUCAUUGCUUACGAUUAGGCUAAAUGUUAGCCGUCUCAGGAAGCUGUGAACGCGACAGGCUCACCUGUCUCUCCAAUCGCCCCAUCUCACUAGUGCGAACGAAAACGUUUCAGAGAAGUCUUCAACCAAAAGGACUGACUCGGGCUAAAACAGGCUUGCCAUAAUUUCGAGGAUUUCUGGGCUGUAUUAGUCGUCUUUACGUUCAUUGUAUCAUUAUUGAAGCUAUCCAACAGGCCGAUAGUCCAUGAGCUGCUCUCCAUUGGAACAAUGCCAACUUUCGUUGCCCUUCCUGCCCGCGACGUGUUCUAGGACGAACCUGUUUGCAGUUUUGAACGCGUUUUGAAUAAAGGUAAUUUCGGGAAAUUUUGCUGGAAUAUAAAGGUGAACCGAGUUUUUGAGGUCUUCUUCCAAUGAUCAGAGAAACCUUUUGUGAUGGCAAGCAUACUGUAGAGGCGCACGACGUCAACCGCUAAAAAACAGCUUUACAGGACGUUGCGGGAUCUCCCGUCUGACUAUUCAGACAGACUGCGCAAUUAUGUCAAUCCUCUUGUUUUGUGGCGGGUUUGAUAAAGAUGAAAGAGUUUGUUUCUGCGCGACAUCUUAAUAUCAUAUGGGCCAUAGCUUAAUGAGUGCAACUAGGAGAGCCAAGCAGCGUCAUAAAGUAAUAGCCUUAUUUGGAGCUACGCGUUUUAAAUACCGCUGUCGUUCGCACAUCUAAAAAAUCAGUAUGUGCUCUCCAUUUUUAACUAACUAGUUCAUGUUGUUAUCCUCUGGCGUACCGGUGGAGAUGCAGAUUCUACGGUUUUAGGUCACUUUCGCUAUCCUGGUUCUCUUAUGGUCGAGGUUUAUGUUUUUUUGCCGAAUUUUGGCAUCUACAGUCUUCGUGCCCUCCAGGCUGGCAGCUGGUCUUAAAUGCCAACAUAUAAGUACAAAUUUUUUGUUUAAUUGGUCACUUAGCAGCUAACCCCGUGACGCUCCCACAUUUUCUCGUUUGGGGCCUUUUGAAUAUCUUUUUAAGUACGUGCACCUUGUUUUACAGCCGCUCGUGAGAUUUCUUUUUAGGAGCUUUCUCCCUUCCGUGGUACAAAUCACCAAAAUCAACGACCCUGAACUUAUAUCGGUUUGGACCUUUUUGAUUCCGUAUCGAGUUUUCGCUUAGUGGUGACAAUAGUAAGUUUAGGUGUGAAGAAAAAUCUGCAGGAUCAGGAAAUAAAAGGCCGUUAACAGCUUUUCUUGUCUUUACUGGUGGAUGCUUCUUUCUCUCCUAUUUCCACUCGCUUUUCCAUCCGCGCAGGAACAUCAGUUCCUCAUUCAGACUACCCCUUCAUUGGCCGCCGGAAACCGAGGACGACCCGGUGACUCUAAGCGUUCUUCAGCUAUGUCCGGCCAGGAGCUGGUCAUUCUUUGCGAAGAGGACGUCCCUGCCUCCAGUGGUAGCAGCCCAGCGAAUCCCUCCAUAUCUUUUCCCCGGGUUACGAGACGCUACUCCCUGUUCGGCCGAGUCAACAGCCGAGCCGAGUGUCGACCUCCGCCAAACUCUAAGUACAUGAUGCUCAAAGCUCAGCAGGUACCUAAUCCCCUUUAUUUAGAAGUCUCAUUUCUUGCGAUAAUAUUGAACGCAAACUUAGAAAAUGUCUAUUCAGUCGUUUUCGACCUCGUAACUCUGUGAAACAACCUGGAUCUGAUUGAUUAGUUAUACCGAUCGUAUUAUAAACGUUUUCACAAAACUUGAUUCCCCAACGAACUGUUUUAUUGACAGGAAUGUCACGCCUUCAUUUCGUGUAAAGUCUAAGUGAUUUUUAUCAAUCUUGGGGAUAGUCUCCUCAUUCGAUAUUUACAGUACCACUAUACUUAGUUGGACCUCAUCAUUGUACAUAUCAGGCCGCGACGCAACACAGAAGACGAAAGCGUGGAGUCAGAUGAUUAUGUGAGCUGUGCAAAAGCAUACCACACCAAAGACUGAAUUCAAAAAUGAUUAAAAGGAUAGAGCGAUCAAGAUUCUUCUAAUUACCGUCUUUGAAUUGUUUCAGACACGUUCUCAGCUGUCGUCCUGCGUGUUAUUUGAUGUUUGCUGUGGAUUCAGCUGCCCUGGUGGGUGGCCCGUUGUUUGGCUGCGUUUUUUGAUAUCGAUGGGUGAGAAAGCAAGUUUAAGUCUGCGGCUUACUGUUUUAGUUUCAAACCAUUAGAACAUGUCUGAUGUAGUCAAAGUUCGUGUUUUUGUACUCCUAGUCUAGGGCAAAAGUGGAUACCGCACCUGAACGGAAAGUUAUAUUCCAUUUAUAUUGGGGUCUUUGGACAUGGGUGACCCGGCCGUUCAAUCCUCUAAAAUGUUGUCGUCUUCUCUAUUAACUCAUCUUUCGGCUUUUGCAGAAGGUAGACAUUUUUUUACUGUUUUUGCUUUUUCCUGCUUUCAGUGCAAGGCCAGAAACAGAGCUAGACAUGAGGUGUGUAUUCUGGAUACGCCUGUCAGGAAUUACAGACCUGUUGCCAAUCACGAAUUUAACGUAAGUUUCCUGUGGACAACUCUACCUCACGGACCUUAUUUCAUUCCUUAUUUGCAAACGGGACCUUGUUUUGUCGUUCAAGAUUUCAGUGAUGAUCAUAACUCGUAAAGCCUAGUGGCCAUUGUCUGGCCUCGAGAAUUCCAGCUAUAUUUCGUAAAAUUAUCAGCCUAGAGUGGUUUAAUUAAAUGAAAAUGCGUCACGCCUCUAUUUCUCAGAGAACUGCACGAACUUUCUGUUUCUAUUGGAACUUUAUGCAGGGGAAUGAGUUAUAUUAUUUGCUAUAUUGUUGUCCUUCGCCGACUUAAAGGCUGAUGCUAAAGCUUUCAGCAGCUGGCAAUUUUCGCGCACAAUCUUGGCAAAUGUCCCAGUUUAUCUAUAUACUUUCAAAUUCCAGAUUGAAUACGAGCAGCGGAAGAAGUUGGAAGGCAAAAAUGUGCGCAGAGAACGGGAUGAUGUCCUGCAGGACCUCUUUAAGGCAUUUGAACGUCACCAGUACUAUGCGGUUAAAGACCUCAUGCUUCUCACCAAACAACCUAUGGUACGUAUCUUUAUCCCCUCUAUUAUGUCAAAAAGGUUUCGAAGAACACUUUUUAUAUCUGUUGUGGUUUUUGCAUUUCCAGUCGUCCGUCUUUCGUUCAUCUUCCGUUUUAUUUUCAGUCUUACCUGACCGAGUUACUGAAGGAAAUCGCAACCUUCAACACCAAGCCACCACAUAAGCACAUGUGGGAACUGAAGCCAGAGUAUCGUCACUACAGUCAAAAAGAAUCAAGUAAUACCAAUCCAGAACCUGGAAAAUCUGUCUGA